GUCAGCAGCAUGGCGGCAGGCAGGAGUAUGGAGUGGGUGAAGGGUGUUAAAGGGGUGAUUUUAGAUAUGUGUGGAGUUCUCUAUGACAGCGGAGAGGGUGGAGGGCAACCGAUACCCGGAUCUGUAGAAGCAAUCGAGAGGCUGAUGGGUUCGGGUCUGAUCGUGCGCUUCUGCACCAACGAGACUCAGAACACGCGAGAGAAGUUCGUGCAGAAACUGCAGCGGAUGGGCUUUAACAUCAGCGUGAGUCACGUGUUCUCACCUGCGCCUGCGCUGUUGCGCAUCCUGAGAGAGCGAGGACUGCAGCCACACCUGCUGGUUCAUGAUGAUCUGAUGGCGGAGUUUGAUGGUGUAGAGAUGACGUCUCCUAACUGUGUCGUCAUUGGAGAUGCUGCAGACAGAUUUUCCUACCAGAACUUAAAUGAAGCGUUUGGUGUUCUCAUCGGACUGGAAAAACCCAUUCUCUUCUCUCUGGGUCAGGGACGCUACUAUAAGGAAACUGAUGGAUUAAAGUUGGAUGUGGGGGGGUUUAUGAAGGCGCUGGAGUACGCCUGUGAUGUUCAGGCAGAGGUGGUGGGAAAACCAUCAGCAGAAUUCUUCCAGAGUGUUCUGAGAGACAUGGACCUUCAACCGCAUGAGGUUGUGAUGGUGGGUGAUGAUCUGGUGAAUGAUGUGGGAGGAGCUCAGCGGUGUGGUAUGAGAGGUGUUCAGGUCAGAACCGGUAAAUACAGACCGAGUGAUGAACAACAUCCCAGCGUGAAAGCGGACGCACACAUGGACGAUCUCGCUGCCGCUGUGGACGCAAUACUGAUCUCAGAUCUGUGAAUGAAACGACACUGGACUGUAGUGCUGUGUGUCACACACUGAUCUUGUGUUAACAGAUAAUCAGAAAACUGAUGUAGUGAACAUAUUCAACUAAACCACAUGACACUAAAACAUCACACAUACGAUAAUGCUGCUGUAGACGGGUGACAUUAUUAUGUUCAAGCUAUAAUUCAAGUGAAUGUUUUGUAGGUUUGUGCUGUUGUACGGUGAGGUUUAUUCUGGACAAUAGCUGGAAAUCUCUGACAGAAAUACAUUCUACAGCAGUGUGUGAUGAACGAACAGCACACAUCUUCUGGCUCACACACGCUCGGUGCCUUUUGUGUUUCUCACGGCAGCUCUUUCAGUUGGGAACUGCGUGCGUGUUCAGUGUCUGCUGUGCUGCUUUUAACACUAAUCAUUCAUUUCACAACACACUCUCCAGUGAAACACUUGUGUUGCUUUUCAAGUGUAAUAAAGUUCAGAUGUUUGUUUGUGCGACUCUUCACUUUGAUUCUGUGUGUUUUAUUUCCCUGCAGUAUCUGAUCAUCUGAAGUGUUUUCAUACAUGACCUAUAAACCCUCAGUUCAGAAUUCAUUCACAAUUCUCAGUAACAGAAUAAAAUACAGUAAAGCUUUGGUGACAUCUCUUGACCUUGUUUUCUUGCUCGGUCUCUUUUGUAAACUCUUAGUUAUAUCAUGAAAUGAAUGUUCACACACACCUUACACAGGUCACAUGAUGUGCAGUAUUAACAACACUAAUGUGUUUGUGUCCAGCAGUGAAACUAAAUGAGUCACGGUGACAUCGGUCACGGAAUGAACUCUUCACAACAAUUUCAGCACACCCUGUGUUUACAUCACGCGCACACACACGUUUGUCAUUUAACACGAGUGAAAUCGGCUGCUCUAGAACCAUCAUCAGUGUAGAAGAGCAUCACACGUGCAUUCACUGUGAUGUCAGACAUGUUAUUGUAUUAAAUAAAUGCAGUGUGUGCUUCCACUGCGCUGUCUCAGUCUAUAAUUCUGCUCUUCUAUCAGAAGCUGUGCGCGUGUGAUUUUCAGGAUGUUUGUAAAGAGAAUCAUCACAGGCAAUAAAGAGAAAGAUACGACACAUGCUGACACGUCAGAGUAAUGCUUAAUCUUUCCUU